UGCGAAUCGCCGCCCGCCUGCCGGCCGCUGCCGAGCGGCCGCCGCCAUGAUGCCGGCCCUGGCCGCCCAGCGGCGGGGCUGCCGCGGCCUCUACCGCCUGUACCUGCGGUGUCAGGCGGCGCCGCGGCCCCGCGCCUGCCACGGAUGGCAAGUUUCAAUGAAAAGUGGGAAUCUGUUUUACCUUCUACCGUGUAAUCGCCUGCCUGUGCAGUUGAUGAGUCAAGUGAGAGUUUAUACCUCCAAUGGUCAGAAGAAAGAUCUUGGAUCAGAAGAUGCAAAUGGAUCAGCCCGUGGAGAAACCCUGCAUAAAGUUGAAACAGGACAAGAUACAACUAAUGCAGGACAAAAGCAGUCUUCACCUAAACAGCCAAUCCAAGUAAAAGUGAAAGCUGUCCUUAAAAAAAGAGAGUAUGGACCAAAAUACACACAGAAUAACUUCAUCACUGGAGUCAGAGCAAUAAAUGAGUUUUGUCUUAAAUCCAGUGAUUUAGACCAGCUCAGAAAAAUUAAACGACGAAGUCCCCACGAUGACACUGAGACUUUCACGGUGUACCUGAGAUCGGAUGUAGAGGCAAAGUCUCUUGAAGUUUGGGGUAGUCCAGAGGCUCUUGCCAGAGAAAGAAAGCGACGUAAAGAGGCGGAGAUCAAGUACAGAGAAAAUCUGUUUAGAAACCAAAGGCUGUUGUGGGAAUACAAGGAGUUCUUUGGAAAUACUAAGCCACGCUCCAGUACAGCAGCUAUGUUUUUCAAGGGACCAGGGAAGGUGGUAAUGGUAGCUAUUUGCAUAAAUGGGUUGAAUUUUUUCUUUAAGCUACUUGCUUGGGUUUACACGGGUUCUGCAAGUAUGUUUUCAGAAGCCAUACAUUCUUUAGCAGACACAUGUAACCAGGCAUUGCUAGCUUUGGGCAUCAGUCAGUCUGCAAGGACACCUGACCCUAGUCAUCCGUAUGGUUUCACAAAUAUGCGCUAUAUUGCCUCCCUGAUUAGUGGAGUAGGCAUUUUCAUGAUGGGUGCAGGACUUUCUUGGUAUCAUGGGAUCAUAGGUUUACUCCACCCUCAUCCUGUAGAAUCACUUCUCUGGGCAUACUGCAUUUUAGCAGGGUCAUUGGUAUCUGAAGGAGCUACCCUGCUUGUUGCUAUUAAUGAAAUUCGGAGGAGUGCUCGAGCCAAGGGUCUUUCAUUUUAUCAAUAUGUUGUGCAGAGUCGUGAUCCUAGUACCAACGUGGUGUUACUGGAGGAUGCUGCAGCAGUUCUGAGCGUGGCUGUAGCUGCUACCUGUAUGGGUCUGACUUCUGUAACAGGAAACCCAUAUUAUGACAGUGUGGGGUCUCUAGGUGUUGGAACUUUGUUAGGAACUGUGUCAGCAUUUUUAAUCUACACUAACACUGAAGCCCUGCUGGGACGAUCCAUUGAACCUGAACAGCUGCAGCGGCUCACUGAGUUACUGGAAAGUGAUCCUGUAGUAAGAGCAAUUCAUGAUGUUAAAGCCACAGACAUGGGAAUGAGCAAAGUGAGAUUCAAGGCAGAAGUAGACUUUGAUGGACGUGUUGUUACUCGUUCUUACCUGGAAAAACAAGACAUUGAACAGCUGCUGCAGGAAAUUCAGCAAGUGAAAACCCUUGAAGAAUUAGAAGCCUUUAUGCUUAAGCAUGGUGAGAAUAUCGUUGACAUGCUGGGAGCUGAAGUUGACAGACUUGAGAAGGACCUGAAGCAACGAAAUCCUGAUGUUCGUCAUGUGGAUUUGGAGAUACUGUAGACUUGAACAGGAGAAAUCUUCAGGUUACUACCCUUGUGGAAAGAAGUCACAUAAAGGGCUGAAAAGCUUCUGAGAUGGCAGUGACUCAGCACCAUACCUCGCUUCCUUUGCUGUAGGCUUCCUGGACUGUUAGCACUUCUUCUCUUUCUGGAAGAGCGCUAGACUUGCAGACAAAAAUUUCCAUGGCAAAAUCAGUUUCAAAAAGCUACUCGAGUUAAAUUCCACAGGAGAGUCUGUCCAAGUAUAUUUACUUUGAUUUAAAACUUAAGGUUUAGUUAGGCAAAUACAGCUGCCUGAAACUCUACAACACACAUAGUUUUUCCAUUUGUGUCCCUUUGCUGUCUGUUUGCACUUCUUUAGUUUCUUUCAAGAUAUCAUUAAAGGUUCUUGGGAGAUAUUAAGAUUAGAUAGGAAGAGUUUGUUCCAGUGGAACCUGCCAACCUUAAAUUGUAAUAUUUCAACUGUGUGAUUGUUUCACAGUUUUUCUUUUCUAUGAGAUAUAUUGUUUCAAAUGGGCUCUGGCCUUAUCUCAAGUACCAUGACCUGGAAACCUGCUUUUUGCCACCAUUACAAUUACAACUGCACUUCAGGAAAACAAGGCUUUUCACCUUAGAGGAGCCAGCUGUAUGGGUUUAGCCAGAGUACAUUAAAUUACUGUGAAAAAUUACUGCGUACAACCUUCGGUGCACUUCCUCUCUUUUAAUUUUGUUUGCUUUUUUUCCCUACUUUGACACUUGCUUUCAUAUUUUUAAGUAUCUUCAGAUGUAAUCUGGGAGAUAUUUAUGGUAGUGCUUAUUAAAAGUUACGUGGCAUUUUUGGCUUUUUAUAUUUUAAUAGACUCUAUUGCCAGAUAUGGUCUUUACUAGAAGAUGUGGGAGAUGUAGCUGGAAUAUAUAAUAGUAAAAACGAUCUAUUUAUAAUUAAACAAAUGAAUACAUUGUAUUUUUAAUUUAUUUGCCUUUAGAUAUUACCUGAAUUCAAAACCGCUUACUCUGAAUUUUUUUAUAACUUGACCUUGCUUGUUUGGGAAUGUAGAGUAAUUCUAUCAGUGGUCCUUAGCAAACCAGAGAUUAAGUUAGAUUAGUUUAUAACUUUGAAAUGUGAAAUUCUGCAACUGUGUACAAUUGUCUCAAGGCUUUCUGCACUAGGUACUCAAGUUAUACCAGAUCCUGAGACCCAGCCUUUAUUAAUAAGGCCGUGAGUACUGAACAUGCAAGUUGAAAUAUAAGUGAAAUAAAUAUAUUUAAAUAGCACUGAGAAAAAUUCUUUAUGCACUUUAAUAUAAAAUAAGGUUUGCUUGUGGGUGACAGGUGGUAGUAAGACCAUCCUAGUAACUCAGUUGCUGAAUAAUGGCUUAAUUGCUGAAAGAAGAAAUGUUGAUAUGAAACAUAAGUCUUCAAAAAUCAAUUUAAGAUUAUAUUAAAAGCAUUGCAGCAAAUAAUUGUGGAGACCAAUAUAUCCAGAUUUUACUAAAAGCAUUUUAGAAUAUUUUUUUUUCUUAUUAGGUGUCACUAGUGAGCAAUGAGGAUUUAAAAUAACAUGCCUUUUUGACAACUGCAAAGGAAAGCACUUUGCGUGCUGGUCAUUUUAAGUAGAAAAACAUUCCAGAGUUAAGUUUCAGGUGGAGCUUCACAUACAGUAAUUGUAGGUGAAAGGAUCUCCUUGCUGCCCUUUUCUGUAAUCCCUAUUCACUGGUGGCUUAUUUAUAGCAUAUUUCCUUAUUAUAUAGCUUAUUCAAAAAAAGGCUUACUUUAUCUGGUUUUCUCCUAUUGUAAAAAUAGUAUAUUUAAGCCUGAUUAUUUAAAAUGCAGUUUAAAGGUAAUUUGGAAGUCUCCCUAUAUCCAAUAAGGCAUAUUUUAGCAAUAAUUUAAAUAAUUUACUUUUCUCCUUGCCCUUCUAUGUAAAAUUCAUCUCAUCUCAGUAUGCACUCUCCUGGUAUUAGCCUUAUUCAUGAAGAGUACUGGAAUCUGGUAAUGCAUAACAUGUUUUCUUCUCCCUAGAAUAUUUAUAUGGAUUUUGAAUUUGAAUAAACACAUUAAUAAACCAGUUAUUUCACAAAUCAAAAACCCGAGGAGUAGUAAAGCUGGGGAAAUGUCCUUCCUGCAGAGGUUAGUGAGGACAGCCAGUUUGAUCCAAGUGGUUUGCAUGCUGGAGUUAUUGAUGAAUGAAUAGUGUCAGUAUGCACAUUGCAGGGCAAAACUUUCCCUGCAAGAUUAGUAAAUGUUACCUCAAUAGCAGUGUUCCUAUAUCGUUUUCAAGAGGCGGUAUGAGCUUAUAUUCUUACAGGACAUCUGCUCCAAAAGCCUAUAAAAAUGUUUUUUUGUUCAUUGGAGAUGUAAUUCAUCUGAAUCCUGAUCUUAGUUUUUUUUUUUUUUUUUUUUUUUUGAGUCAGAAAAAUACCCAUCCACACCUUUUGUUUAUAAUCCAAGACAGAAUUGAGUUUCUUGUCUCCCAGUUACUUUACUGAUUAUAGCAUCACAGUAUGUUAAAUUCAAGAUGCCAGGACUUUUAAUGUUUUUGGGUACAUUACUGUUGACCAGUCUGAAGACCCAGUCCCAUUUUUUUAAAGUUACCUGGAUGGUGAUGUACUACAGAAAGGAAGGCAGACUGGUUUUGGCAGUACCUUGUAAGUUUACAUGUCAUGCAGUUGGAUGGAAGUACUGAUUCUUUGAGCCUGCCAGGUUGGAAAGGAAUAGUCAUUCUGAGCUGUUACAUUUCAAUUUGUAUGUUAUAAUUUGCAAAUUGAUUUCAACAGAUAUGACAUUUUUACUGCUUUUUUUUUUUCUUUAACUGCCUUUAUAGUAAAAACCUUGAGGUAAUUUGGGUCCAUUACUUAGUUUACUUUUGUUUCAUUGUUUUUGGGGAAAAUAAUAAAACAAUACAUUUACGUGAUAGUCCUCAGCUUAAAGAACUGUACGUGUGUGGAGGAGUGAAUUUUUCUUUAUCACAAAUACAAUUACAAAUGGAUUUUUUAAACUGAUUUUAAGGAAAAGAAGUGAGGAUUUGCCUAACAAUAAAGUUAUAUUCUAGGAUUUUUUCAAUUAAGGUGUGGUGUUUUAAAAUAAAUUUAUUUCUAUCGACUGGC